UUAUUUAGAAAAGAAGCGCGCAGAUCAAAAUGGCGCAGGGAUGUCGACACUCGGCGGCGAGACAUCGCUAACUUCUUAAUACACACAAGUUUCGAAGUUACCUGUUGGUGCCACCAUGUCGUUACUAAAACCAUUUAGUAAACUGCCUGACUUGAAAACCGCGAGCAUAUUGCUGGUGGAGAGAGAAGAAGAGUUUCAUCACAGAUUAGCUGACGCUCUAGUGAAGGAGACGGCGGUCACAUUGAGUGUGAGACUGGCGAGGAGUCUGCCCUUCAAACACGAGCCCAGUCGCCCCAGAAUAGACCUGGUGGUCUUUAUCAUCAACCUCACCUCAGAGCUCAGUCUACAUUCUGCGGAAGAUUCCCUCAAGUAUUUGGACCCUGGAUAUUUCCUCGGAAAAGUCUGCUUCAUGGUCACCAACGCCCGUAACGCCGCCGUCCCCGCAGAGCGCCUGGAUGCUGUCAGGAAGCUGGCCGCAUCACACUGCUGCACGCUGCUCUUUGCCGAGGAUAAGACAGCAGAUGGUGCGCCCAACGCGGCGGAGAGGCUGCUGAGUAUUCUGAAGGUGGCGGCCGGCCUGGUUCCCAUGACAACGGCUCUCUAUCUGUCACACCUGAAUUUGUGCACCAUGCCCUCAGACGUGGACGAGAUGGGCUUCGAUUAGCAGCGUGCUCCUUUUGCGUAUUUAUGUAGUCUUUCAUCUUUUUAGGACGUCGUCUUUCUCCUUUUUGAGAACAUACUUGUUUGUAGGCAUAAAUAUGACUAAAACCUUUUAA